GCUGUGUGGGUACUUUUUGUGCAGGUUGGGAGAUCUUCGCCAAGUAAACGAAACACGAGCGGAGGGAGAAAAGAGAGGAGGGACCGAGUGCACGCUGGAUAACACGAGCCACGGCCGCGCUUCAGUAACUUAACGGAGCCGUCAGCUUUGUCCCAACUUCCCUCUGGAAGUCUCCAAAUUGUUUCACUAGUUUAUAAACAAGCGAACCGUUUUUUGGGAGGGGAGCCCGCUUCGACCACAAGAUGAACUCGUUGGGCAAAUCUUCCAAAUGGCCGUCUUAUGACUCACUGCCCUCCACCUCGAGCUUCCUCCCCAGCGAGAGCGAGCAGACUGAGGACGAAGCAGACGUCUUCUCGGAGGGAGAGGGGGAUGGCGGGAUGAGAAAGUCUGCGUCGGUCUACGAGAGAAUCACACUCUCUGGGAAUUACCUCGAUUUCCCACCUCGUUCAGAUCAACUGCACUCAAAGUUAGAGUGUGACGAGUCGGAGCGCUGCCCCGACAAAACCAAACAUCCAGACUCAGCAUCUUCUCCAGGAGCAGCCGCCCUGAGAUCAUCAUCAGCGACACCGGGGGAUCUGGCGUUCGCUCAGAAAUGUGCAGAUUUACACAGGUUUACCUAUCCUUUGCUUGAGCUUCUGCAUGGACUGAAGAGCGGACGAUUUGACAGAGGUUUAACCAGUUUCCAGCAGAGUGUCGCCAUCGACAGACUACAGAGGAUUCUUGGGAUUCUGCAGAAACCUGAAAUGGGUGAGAAGUAUCUUCAAAAUCUGCUGCAAAUAGAGGUCCUGCUAAAAAUGUGGUUCCCUCAGAUGGCAUUUAAGCCCUCAGACACACCAAACGAGACCACCACUCCUACACUUGGACCGCACUGGCACCAAAAUCAACUCCACAUGCCAGUUAAGAAGAGAAAACUGAGCUGGUCCGACCCUGACCAGCCGGGCAAAGUUCCAGCCAAGCAUUAUCACCGUCAACAUGGAAAGCAUGGGGGCUGCCACGCUGCGACUUCGCUGGACAGGGUUUCCACGUGUUGUCUACCCGGAUCGUCGAAAAAACAGAGAACUCCGGAAGACGCGACAGCCGAAGCAGCCGGGGACAGCCGAGCAGCCGGACACGAGUUUACAGACAUGUCGUCAUAUUUAUGUAGCAGGAGAGAAAAUCGGAAGCAGCCUGAGACUUCUCCGCCCUCCUCGUGCAGCAGUCCAGCUACACAGGACAGCUCGGUGUCCUCAAGCAACACCGUAACUACAACUGACUCACCUUAACUGGCCUUAGCCGACCUUGCUAUCACAUGGAGGUGCCUCGGAGUGAAGGCAGAGGGCGGACUCGGUUGCAUAAGCAUGAAGUUAGGCGCAGAGCCAGCCUAUGAUGGCUGCAAGGCACAUUAAACCAGAAGAGGAGGAGGAGGAGGAGGAGGAGGAAAAAUGGAGACACUCUUUAACCCCUAACUGUCCAGUGUGCUUUUUAAUAACACCUGAGUUAUUGCACUACAUUUACCAGGAACUGUGUGUUGUUUGUAAGAGUAACACUUUUGUACACGUUGACUUUUACAGUUUUAAGUUUAAAAAAAAAUGUUGGAAAUACUUUACAAGUGUGAUGCGUUAAAGCAGUCUGUGCUCCGUUUUGUACCUUUUUUUUUAAAUAUAUCAUGUAAUGCAGCUCGACCAGUAACAGUAAAAGGGUUUGAUUGCUUUAGCGAGUGUGAGGAAACACAGAGGAUUAUCGUCGGUGAAGCUCAAAGGUUUCAGUCAGUUGUAUGUAAAAUACUUAGCUGUAAAUGCUCUGAAUUGGUUCCAACUGCCUAAAACAUGAGGCUGUCAUUUAGAUGUUCCUUCUUCGUCAGUAUCCUAACCCUCGUGUCGUCCUGUGGCUUAAAAUUAAACCGUUUUAAAGAUUGAAAAUGUAGAAAAAAAAAAUAUUUUCACAGUUGAA